CGCGGCAUCAAGGUGUGGGGCGCUGGCGCAGGCGCUCAGUCACAAUCCGCGAGCCCGUCGCGAGCAGCGCGCGCGCUCUUUGCGACACACGACACGAACGACUCUCGCGACCAUUCGUAUAUACUCCCUGCAUAUUAUUAUAUGGCAUUUGUUUGACUAUUUUUUAUUAUGUGAUAAGUUUUCGACGUAAGAAUAUUUAAUCGUGGUACUGUAAGAAUCUCCUAUAAAAGAUAAGAUAUAAUUGAUACGUUAUAAGUAAUUUAUUUGUGGGACCAAAAUGACGAUAAAAAAUAAAAAGACUAAACAGUCCGAAGUGACAUCAUCAAGUAGUAGUGCCUCGACUAGUGUUCAAAAAACAAGCAAGUCUACAUCGGUGCAGCAGAGCAGUAGUAAUACACUGCAAAAGGUCAGCUCCGGUAAGAAGGUACGUUACAUUGACGUCAAGGUCGAGGAGGAUGACCCGCUCAUGAUAACCGAUGUAAGUGACCACACGUCUAUAAGUGGAUCCACCAUUUCUGAACACUAUAACAGCCACCCGCACUACAUUAUAACGGAGGCUCCGUCCAUGACUGACCUCUCCCAAAUCAGAUCACAGGAACAUAAUGUGAGCGACAUGACACAAGCGGUAACCGGCGAAUUUGUAUCUAAUUCUGUCCAGGAAUCAUCUUCUUCGCACCAGCAAAGUUCUAAGAGUGAAACAUUCCAAUCAUCGACCACAUCUGUACAGCGCUCUGGUUCUAGUCAUAGCACUCACAGUCAAUUUGAUAGAACCGUAGAUUCUACUGCUGCAAAUCAAACACUAAACACAGCUUUUAUUGAUAACACCGCCGCUAAUCUUACCGGCUCCGACAGCACUUAUACAACGCGCUCUCAAGUAGCUAAUGCUUCGAAUUCUUUCUUACAAACAGAACGUCAAAACUUGGUUAACCAAUCUGAAUCGUCAAAAACUAUGAGUCAAACGAGUAAUACUAUGGACCGAAAGAAUAUUAACCAACGUGACAAUGUAACCUAUCGUAACUCACCUGAGCCUUCAAAACGAAUUCAAACAAUUGGUUCAGACACAUCAAACUUCUACGGAGGUGAAGGGACCCUAGACAGAAAUGUCAAAACAAAGGAAUUUACUAGCACAUCUCAAACAAGCGAAAGCAAGAGCAGCAACGUUACGAAAUCGUCGUCAUCAUCUUAUGUUGUGGAAAUUGUUGAUGGAAAAGAGCGCAUUAUCGAUAGUUCUAAACGUGAAUGGGGUGAUGCUCAAGAAAAUGCUACUAAAGAAUCUUAUGCCAGCAUUAGUGGUACUGGUAUCAAGCCACAGUCAGCUUAUAAUAUCCAAAACUAUGAUAUGAAAUCUAAUUAUGACACCGGAAAAGACGGCCAGAAACCAACAAGCCAAAUGACUAUAAAAGAGGACUCUAAAUUUAUUAAGGACGGUAAACAAAUAACAACCCAUGAGAGUAUUAUUUCUGAAAAAGAUAAUGCUAGGCACCAACAAUCUAUAACAACUCAAGAUCAAUUGACUUCUCAAGAUGAUCCUCGUCACCCAAGAAUAACUUCUACAAAUAUGUAUCCUGAACGUAGUGAGCUUUAUGUUGAUCAAAAAGAUAUACGCACUGAUCAUAGAACUGAUCAUACUGAUAAGAGGAACAUCCAAACUGAUCACAGACAUAUUUCAACAGAUCAACGAAAUGUCUACACCGAUGAAACAAACGUGCACCGUGAUAUUAUUGAUAAAAGUUCAGUUACAAAUGUAACAUCCAGUAAAGACACUAGGAUCGAUCGAAGACGUAAUGUCAAUGAAACAGAUUCAUCUAACUUUUAUGGAUACGACACUACAAUUCAAAACGAACUUAGAAAAGUGGGUGAUAUUUUACAAGUUAAAAAUACUGACAACAUUAAUUUCUCCACGAAAAUACUAAAGAGUAACACUAGCAGUGCUCAACAAGCGUCUACAUCCUCGUAUGUUAUUGAAGUUAUAGAUGGUAAAGAAAGAAUCGUCGACUCUUCUCAUAGAGAAUGGGGUGACAGUAAAGAUCAUUCUACGUACGAAAAAAGUCAUAAUAUCAGUGGAACCGGAAUUAAGCCAGAACAUGAGUAUGCUCGACAUGUUUUGGAUAAAGAAUCUCAUUAUGAUACUGGCAAAGAUGGAGUUCCUACAAGUUCUACAUAUAUUGCUGAAGAAUCUGCUUUAUAUAAGAACGGCAAGGAAAUAGCAGCCACUAGAAACGUUUAUGGUGGCGAUUUCACGAAGAAAAAGGCUAUCACUGAACUUGUACCAGAUGAUGAUUUGCCUAACAGGCAGAUAAGGGAUAUUACAGAUGAUAAAACCUAUUCCACUGUCAGUACAGAUUCUCUAACCGACAUCAAGGAUACUACAGGUAAAACAACAACAACUGAUUUUAUUACUACUGAAAAACGUAACUUAACGAAAGAAACCACUGAAAAACAAGAAACAAAAGACACAUUAACGACUUAUGAAAGGAGUACUGGAACUUGGAAUGGCAAAUUUGUUUAUGAAAAGGAUGAUGAUAGGCCGAAAAGACCAAAAGAAAUGUCACCCUUUGGAAGACCAGAACAACCAAAACAUCACUUAAAAAGACAAGAUACUGAAGAAAACAUAAUUAUAUCUUCAAGAGACAUAAAAGAUUUCACAUCUAUAAGUGAUUUACGUAAAAUUAUUGAGUCAUCUCAAUCUAAAAAAGAUGUCACAGUGAGUAACAAAAACAUUGUUAUAAAGAGAAAUAUCGAUGACAAGAUUCUAAAAGAAAUUAUUGAAACUGUUAAAAAAUAUCCUUUUAAAAGAAUAGAAAAAGUAACACUCGGAACUAAGAUAAAUGAAGACGUAAAAGAUUUAUACGAAGGCAUCGACACCGAAGAACAUACUGUAUUAACAUCCACCACCGGAGACGCCACUAGAAAAACUUUUGAAGUUGAAAAAAACAGAAGCCAAAUUGAGGUGACUCGAUACAUUACUGAAAAUGGAAUCACCAGGAAAAUAACUACGUACGAAGAUGCUAAAGUAGACGAUAAAGUUAAGACGGACGUCUUCGUCGAUAAGAGCAAGUUAGACUUCAGAAACUUGAGCGAUGUCCACACGACGAAAGAUGUAGUUCGAGAGUAUGACGUGGUAGAUCGUGCAAUCACCGAUACCAGAGAGGAUACCACCGUCCGCACCGUUUAUGACGAGACCAUUAUAGAUGACAGAAAAACAGUGCGCGACGACAGGACCACGAUCGAGGAGACCGUUAUCAUUGAUGAGACCAGGCCGCGGCCUGGGGGCCCCAAGAAACCGGAGCCGAUCAAGGAACAGUGCAUUUGUGAAAUGUGCACUUGUGGGCGUCACCGUUGCCCACACAACGAUGUCCCGGAGCCAUUGUUCGAUGUGGAGCACACGACGAGCGUGGUCUCCGCGUACAAAACAGACUACGACGAAAAACACGUCAGCCGCACUACUACCGUUCAUCAUGAGGAUCACUUACGGCUCGAAGGCGACUUUAUUGAACCGGAACGUCCUCAAUGGCAACCCGCUGAACGAACUAAACCAAAAAAACCAGAAGAUAACCUCAAGCCUGAAGGUGAAUUUGAAAAGAGACGUCCAGAGGAGUGGCGACCUGGUGAAAGGGCCCCAGUGAAAAAGCCAGAAGACAACUUAAGACCCGAAGGAGAGUUCGAAAAAAGACGUCCAGACGAAUGGCGCCCUGGAGACCGAGCUCCUGUUCGCAAACCGGAUGACAAUUUGAGACCUGAGGGUGAAUUUACAACUCCUGAUAAGGAGCCCUGGAGACCGGCUGAGAGACCGAAACAGAAGAAACCAGAAGACAAUUUAAGACCUGAGGGUGAAUUUGAGAAAAGACAACCGGAGGAUUGGCGUCCAGGUGAUAGAGCUCCUGUACGUCGUCCUGAUGAUAAUUUGAGACCUGAAGGAGAAUUUACAACUCCUGAAAAAGAACCGUGGCGUCCAGCUGAAAGACAAAAGCCCAAAAAGCCUGAAGAUAAUUUACGCCCUGAAGGUGACUUCGAGAAACGUCAACCAGAUGAAUGGCGUCCUGGUGACAGGGCACCUGUUCGUCGCCCUGAGGAUAACCUUAGACCUGAAGGUGAAUUUACUUCGCCAGAAAAGCAGCAAUGGCGUCCUGCAGAAAGGGAAAAACCUAAAAAGCCAGAAGAUAAUCUUAGACCCGAAGGUGACUUUGAAAAAAGGCGGCCAGAAGAAUGGCGUCCUGGCGACAGAGAGCCUGUACGUCGUCCUGAUGAUAAUUUACGCCCUGAAGGCGAAUUCACGACACCAGAAAAAGAGCCAUGGAAGCCUGCUGAAAGGCCAAAAGCUAAAAAACCAGAGGAUAAUUUAAGACCAGAAGGUGAGUUCGAGAAACGACAACCGGAAGAUUGGCGUCCAGGUGAUAGAGCUCCUGUGCGCCGUCCAGAAGAUAAUCUCAAACCUGAGGGUGAAUUUGAAAAGAGACGCCCAGAAGAAUGGAGACCUGGAGACAGAGCACCCGUUCGACGCCCAGAGGACAACCUUAAGCCUGAAGGAGAAUUUACUACCCCAGAGAAAGAAAGCUGGAAGCCUGCAGAAAGACAAAAACCAAAGAAACCUGAAGACAAUUUAAAACCUGAAGGGGAGUUUGAAAAGCGCAAGCCUGAAGAAUGGAAGCCUGGUGAUAGGGCACCAGUACGUCGACCUGAAGAUAAUCUUAAGCCAGAGGGUGAAUUUGCCACUCCUGAAAAAGAACGCUGGCAACCAGCUGAACGUCCAAAACAGAAGAAACCUCAAGACAAUUUAAGACCAGAAGGAGAAUUCGAGACUCCUAAAAAAGAAGAAUGGAAACCGGCUGAAAGACCCAAACAAAAGAAACCCGAAGAUAAUUUGCGCCCUGAAGGGGAGUUUACGACAGAAAGAUCUAUUACAGAAGACUACAAGGUAGUAACAGGUGAAAGAGCUGAAAUUAUACGCCGCAUUGAUAACAUUAUCACGGAGGGAGAAUUUACAGACACAACAACUUCUCGUACUGAAUAUACGGUAAAGCCUGUUGAAAGACCAAAACCUGUUCGUCGUAACACAUGGACAAAGAUCGAAGGGGAAAUGAUUACUGAUACGACAAGCAAAUCAGAAUACGUUGAUUUCACUGAUGUUGUGGAAAGAACAACAAUGGUCGCGCGGAGAACUGAUAAUUUAAUUAGAGAAGGUGAAAUAGAGUUUAUUACAUCUAACCAGGAAGACUACACGCAAAAGGUUACACCUGUGGAACGGCAUCAGAGACGUCGUACGUGGACGAAAGAAGACUUUGAAAAGUUCUAUGCUACGGAAGAAUUACAAUCAGUGACCACGUCACAAAAGGAAUUUAGAACUUAUGAAGAAAUAGAUGUGAGGCAACCAUUCAAGAAACCAAAAGAUAAUUUAAAACCAGAGGGUGAAUUUGAAAAGCCUGAACACGAAGAAUGGCGUCCAGCUGAAAGGCAAACACCUAAGAAACCCAAAGACAAUUUAAAACCAGAAGGUGAAUUUGAAACUCCUAAAAAAGAAGAAUGGCGUCCUGCUGAAAGACCGAAGCAAAAGAAACCUCAGGAUAACUUAAAACCAGAGGGAGACUUUGAACAACCAAAACAAGAAGAGUGGCGUCCCGCUGAAAGACAAACGCCUAAAAAACCUAAAGACAAUUUAAGACCGGAAGGUGAAUUUGAACAACCGAAACAAGAAGAAUGGCGUCCCGCUGAAAGACCCAAACAAAAGAAACCCCAAGACAACUUAAAACCUGAAGGAGAAUUUGAACAACCAAAACAAGAGGAAUGGCGCCCCGCUGAGAGGCCUAAACAAAAGAAGCCACAAGAUAAUCUUAAACCCGAAGGAGAUUUCGAGCAACCGAAACACGAAGAGUGGCAACCCGCUGAAAGGCAAACUCCAAGAAAACCUAAAGACAAUUUGAGGCCAGAAGGCGAAUUUGAAACUCCUAAGCAAGAAGAAUGGCGCCCUGCUGAAAGACCAAAACAAAAGAAACCCCAGGACAACCUCAAACCAGAAGGAGAAUUCGAACAACCGAAACAUGAAGAGUGGCGGCCCGCUGAAAGACCCAAACAAAAGAAACCUCAAGACAAUCUAAAACCUGAAGGAGAAUUCGAACAACCGAAGCACGAAGAGUGGCAACCCGCUGAAAGGCAAACGCCAAGAAAACCUAAAGACAAUUUAAGGCCAGAAGGCGACUUCGAAACUCCUAAGCAAGAAGAGUGGCGUCCUGCUGAAAGACCCAAACAAAAGAAACCCCAGGACAACCUGAAACCAGAAGGAGAAUUCGAACAACCUAAACAUGAAGAGUGGCGGCCAGCUGAUAGACCUAAACAAAAGAAACCUCAAGACAAUCUAAAACCUGAAGGAGAAUUUGAGCAACCGAAGCACGAAGAGUGGCGUCCAGCUGAGAGACCUAAGCAGCAUAAACCACAGGAUAACCUUAAACCGGAAGGAGAAUUCGAACAACCUAAACAAGAAGAGUGGCGUCCUGCUGAAAGACCUAAACAAAAGAAACCUCAAGAUAAUCUGAGACCGGAAGGAGAAUUUGAACAACCUAAACAAGAAGAGUGGCGGCCCGCUGAAAGACCUAAACAAAAGAAACCUCAAGACAAUCUGAGACCUGAAGGCGAAUUUGAACAACCGAAACAAGAUGAGUGGCGUCCAGCUGAGAGACCUAAGCAACAUAAACCACAGGAUAACCUUAAACCAGAAGGAGAUUUCGAACAACCGAAACAAGAAGAGUGGCGUCCUGCUGAAAGACCAAAACAAAAGAAACCUCAAGAUAAUCUGAGACCGGAAGGAGAUUUUGAGCAACCUAAACAAGAAGAGUGGCGUCCAGCUGAAAGGCCGAAGCAAAAGAAACCUCAAGAUAACCUAAGACCGGAAGGAGAAUUCGAACAACCUAAACAAGAAGAAUGGCGUCCAGCUGAAAGACCUAAGCAAAAGAAACCUCAAGAUAACCUAAGACCGGAAGGAGAAUUCGAACAACCUAAACAAGAAGAGUGGCGUCCAGCUGAAAGACAAACUCCUAAAAAGCCACAAGACAAUUUGAAACCGGAGGGUGAUUUCGAAACACCUAAACAAGAAAAAUGGCGUCCCGCAGAUCGACCUACACCUAUAAAGCCUGAAGAUAAUUUACGUCCCGAGGGUGAGUUUGAAACAAGAAAGCCCGAGGAAUGGCGCCCCGCAGAACGUCCUGUACAAAAGAAACCACAAGAUAAUCUUAAACCUGAGGGCAAAUUCGAAGAACCGCAGCCAGAAGAAUGGCGACCUGCUGAACGACAAACACCAAGAAAACCGAAAGAUAAUUUGAAACCAGAAGGGGAAUUCGAAACACCUAAACAAGAGAGAUGGCGCCCAGCAGAUCGUCCUACACCUAAGAAACCAGAAGAUAAUUUACGUCCCGAGGGCGAUUUUGAAACAAGAAAGCCAGAGGAAUGGCGCCCUGCAGAACGUCCCGUACAAAAGAAACCAAAAGAUAAUCUAAAGCCAGAAGGUGAAUUUGAAAAGCCAAAACAUGAAGAGUGGCGUCCAGCUGAAAGGCCUAAACAAAAGAAACCCCAAGAUAAUCUAAAACCAGAAGGAGAUUUUGAGCACCCUGAACAUGAAGAGUGGCACCCUGCUGAAAGGCAAACGCCAAAAAAACCAAAAGACAAUUUACGUCCCGAGGGUGAUUUCGAGAAACGUCGUCCGGAUGAAUGGCGUCCCGCUGAAAGACCUAUUCAGAAGAAACCGCAAGAUAACUUAAGACCAGAAGGGAAAUUCGAAGAACCUAAACCUGAGGAAUGGCGCCCCGCCGAACGUCAAACGCCUAAGAAACCUCAGGACAAUCUUCGACCGGAAGGUGAAUUUGAGAAACCAACACAUGAGAAAUGGCGUCCGGCUGAAAGACCUGUUCAGAAAAAACCACAGGAUAAUCUAAGACCUGAAGGUAAAUUCGAAGAACCUAAACCUGAAGAAUGGCGUCCCGCCGAGCGGCAAACUCCUAAGAAACCUCAAGACAAUCUCCGACCAGAAGGUGAAUUCGAAAAACCAAAACAACAAGAAUGGCGUCCGGCUGAAAGGCCUAUUCAGAAGAAACCCCAAGACAACCUUAAACCUGAAGGUAAAUUUGAAGAACCUAAACCUGAGGAAUGGCGUCCUGCCGAAAGGCAAACACCUAAGAAACCUACAGAUAAUCUGCGCCCAGAAGGUGAUUUUGAAGCUCCAAAACGCGAUGAGUGGCGUCCUGCUGAAAAACCCGUAGUAAAGAAACCAAAAGACAAUCUUAAACCUGAGGGUGAAUUUGAAAAGCCCAAACAAGACGAAUGGCGCCCAGCUGAGCGACAAACACCUAAAAAGCCUCAAGACAAUCUCAAGCCUGAGGGUAAGUUUGAAUCUCCAAAACCUGAUGAGUGGCGUCCGGCGGAACGACCCGAAGUUAAGAAACCAAAGGAUAAUUUAAAACCGGAGGGUGAAUUCGAAAAACCUAAACAGGAUGAAUGGCGACCUGCUGAAAGGCCCAUUGCAAAGAAACCAGAGGAUCAUUUGAAACCCGAAGGAGAUAUGGAAGUAGUGAGACGAAAAGAUUAUACUGCGACUCGUGGAGAUCGCGUUGAUAUUGUUAAGCACGAGGAUCACCUGAGAAUGGAAGGCACGAUUGAUAUACAUCGUUCCAGAGAUGAUUACAAACGCGUUGAAAGGACUGAAAAGGUCGUUAUUCAAAGACAUGAAGACAAUUUGCGCACAGAGGGUGAAUUCAUUGAUCUUCAAGUUCGUAAUGAUUAUAGUGCUACAAAAGGUGAACGAGCUCCAGUAGUCAAACCUCAGGAUAAUUUGAAACCUGAUGGAAAAUUCUAUAAACCUGAAAUCAUACCAUCCCAACCUGCUGAAAAACGUAAGCCAUUUAAACAAGUCGACAAUAUAACUAUCGAACGAGAUAUUGAUUUAUACAAUAGACAAAAGGUCGAAAGGCUGGAUAUUAUUAGAAGAGAGGACAAUCUGAAGAUAGAAGGUGAAUUUAUUGACAUGAAACAAAGAGAUGAUUACAGUAUUGUUAAGGGAGAAAGAACUUCUGUUGUUAAACAUGAAGAUAACUUAAAGAUGGAAGGAAAAAUGGAAAACAUACGUACUUCGGAUACCUAUCGUGUCGUAAAGGGUCAAAGAGUUAAACUAACUCGCAGAGAAGAUAAUUUGAAGAUAGAAGGCGUAUUUGAGGACCAUACACGCCGAGAUGAUUAUAAAGUUAUCAAAGGCCAUGCCAUUACGUAUCCGCAGGACAAGAGACCCAAAGACGAAUAUGAAAAAUUGCCAGAGGAUAAUGAUAGGUAUGGACCAACAAAGGUUAUAGAUAAAACAAGACCCCAUGAAGAGUCUGACCAUCCAUCACGACCGAGGGGACCUUCGGAAGAUCGACCGGGAGAAAAACCUAAAGGCUCUUGGCACCCAGAUGACGAUCAGAAGCGUCAUCCCAAGGUCCCUAGACAACCAGGAGAUAAAUUUGAGCAGCUUCCUAGGGAUAAACUGCAACCCGAUGACGUUUACGAAGGACAUCCCAAAGGCCCUCGACAACCUGGUGAUACAUUCGAUAGGCGUCCUAAAGAUGGUUCGCGGCCUGAUGAUGAUGACAGACGUCAUCCAAAGAGUCCUAGGCGUCCUGGAGAUACAUUAGAUAGACGACCUAAGGAUGGUUCCCAACCAGAUGAUGAAACCAGACGUUACCCCAAGGGUCCUGGACAACCUGAAGAUACAUACGAUAGGCGUCCUAAAGAUGGUUCGCGACCUGAUGACGAUGACAGGCGUUAUCCAAAGGGUCCUAGGCAGCCUGGAGAUACAUUCGAUAGACGUCCUAAGGAUGGUUUGCAACCGGAUGAUGAAACCAGACGUUAUCCCAAGGGUCCUGCACAUCCUGAAGAUACAUUUGAUAAGCGUCCUAAAGAUGGUUCGCGACCGGACGAUGAUGACAGACGUCAUCCAAAAGGUCCUAGACAGCCGGGAGAUACAUUUGAUAGACAUCCUAAGGGUGGUUUCCAACCGGACGAUGAGACCAGGCGUUACCCCAAGAGUCCUGGACAGCCGGGAGAUACUUUAGAUAGACGUCCUAAAGAUGGUUCGCAGCCAGAUGAUGAUUAUAGACGUUAUCCCAAGGGUCCCGGACAACCUGGAGAUACGUACGAUAGACGACCAAAGGAUGGUUCGCAGCCGGACGAUACUAAACAUCAUCCAAAAGGACCUCGUCAACCUGAAGACACUGUCGACCAGCGUCCUAGAGACAAUUUGAAACCUGAAGGUGAAUUUGAUAGACCUUCCAAACAACAAUGGGCUCCAGGUCAAAGGCCCGAACAAAUAAAACCAAAAGAUAACUUGCAUUUAGAUGGGCAAUUUGAAACGCGUCCUAAAACACAAUGGCAACCAGGUGAAACCCCAGCUCAGGUGCGUCCGCAAGAUAAUUUACGUCCGGAAGGUGAUUUCGAAAGGCCGUCCAGACCAAAGUGGGUGACAUCAGAAAGACCUGAACAAAUAAAACCUAAAGAUAAUUUAUAUCCUGAAGGUUCACCAUCGCACACCCCAAGCCAAACAGGGCCUGGCGGUCAAUUUGAUCGCCCUGAAACGCCUAAGUGGACCCCGGCUGAAAGACGGACACCAAUAAGACCUACUGAUAACCUUCAUACAAAUGGCGAUAUUAUUAAACAUGACACAUCAAAAACAGAAACGGGCAGAUUAGUCAAGAAAAUUGUAGGAUCAAAAAUCAUAACAACUCGUGACGACACCGUGAAGAGUCAUGUCGACCACCGAAAAGAUACGGUAAUACGUCAAGACGAUCAAACUCACGUAAAACGUACCGAAACCCACCAACAACAAACGCACGCUGACCAAACAACCUCCAAGCACAUUAAGCAUGCAACUAUAAGAUCUGAUAACGUGACUGAUCAUUCUCACACUGAUCACACAACUACGAAGCAUACUCAACAUGGCACUCAUGUUAAACAUACUACUGUUGGAUCCCAUGAUGUGACAGAUCAAUCUCGUAUUGACCGGACAGUUUCUAAACACACUCAGUCGGGUACUCACGUUAAGCAUACAACUGUAAAAUCAGAAGAUUUAACAGAUCAGUCUCACGUUGACCACACAACUGUUCAGUAUAUUCAAGGUGGACCACAUGUAACGCGUACUAUCGUUAGGUCCGAAGAUGUAACUGACGAAUCUUCUAUAAAACGCGUUCACUCUGGAUCGCAUAUUAAACACACAACUGUAACAUCUCAAGAUGUAACUGACCAGUCUCAUAUUACCACUAAACACAUUCAAUCUGGCGCGCAUACCAAACAUACUACAAUUAGACGUGGAGAUACCCCCGAUCGUACAGCAUCUCCAAAAGACUUAGAUCGUGUAUCAUCUCCAGAUACUGUAGAUCGCCACCAGAAGAUUACUGAUCGCACUGUAGGUCGAAAUGUCACCGAUAAAAGUGUGGUUCAAAAGACAGAUAUGAAAAACGUUAAAAAUGUAACUUCAUCUACAACAAAGACAAUUAAACAGAUAACGGAGAAGAAGCUCAGAGGUGGUAAGUGGGUAACUGUUACACGUAAUGUAGAAGUGGACGUUACGACGCAAGGCGAUAAAGGAGAUAUAAUGCCUGUUAGAGGAGAGCCCGGCGAUAGGUCCCCACGUUAUAGGGACUCUGGCGAUACAACACAAAGAAUUGUAUCGUCGACUAAUCAAGGAUUGCAUUCCCAACAACAUUACGCUUCUACGGACGCUAUCAACCAACGAGAUGUGUUGAAUACCACGUAUAUUAAAAAGGGAUCUUCACAACAACAAAUCUCGAGCGACAGUAAUCAACGUGUAAUGUCGUCACAACAAACUGUUAAAACGUCAUCGACGGAUCAAAGCACAUCAUCUCAACAGAGACAAACGGUCUCGGAGAGUCAUCAUCAACGAAAUAUUGGUACAACAUCUGUUUCAAACACUACUCAUAUUGAUCAAAACACUUCAAGAACGAUGCAAAAAUCUGUUUCUGGCAGUCAAAUUAAUAAGCAAUCUGCAAUGGAUACUACACAAAGAAUUAUAUCAUCAGAUUAUACCGAUGUCAACACAAAUCAACGUCACAUGGUGGAUAGUCAUGCUGAAAAGAGCACUGGUUCAACAACAUACAUUACCAGAGGCAGUCAUGUAGAACAAAACGUUUCGAAGUCAACUCAUCAAUCGACUAAUAGAAACUUAAGCGACAACGUGACAAAGACGAGCAUUGAAUUUCAGAGAGCUAUGCAUGGCGGCGACGAUUCCUCAUCUGCUGUAGUUGAUCGGAGUUUACGCAGUGGUCAUCACAAGCGCACUUCAGAUUUAGUCUCGGACACAUCUUCGACAAAUGCUGUUUUACAUCGAAAAGGUGUUACUUCAAACACCGAGGCGCAACAUUCUAUUAGUACUACAGCGGCUGCACAGAGAAAGAGUAUCGGCAAUCUAACCGAAAGAGGCGAAUACAUCAGCAAUUCAACCCAUAGCACAGACAGAAAAAGUAUAAGUUCAAUGCACCGUUCGAACCGUGAUAACAUGACUGUCAUUUCACAGCAAAUGGACAGUUCAGAUGCGCGUCGCAAUCAAAGUAGAAGAGACGGACAGUCUACUGUUAUGGUAGACCGACAAUUAAAAGGCGGAGCUAAGGAUAAUCUUCGAGUUGGUGGAGAAUUCUAUGGACAGUCCGAAGCCCGAUCGUAUGGAAGCUUUUCUAGAUCGGAUCAACACACACAAAGGGCUGAGCGAUCUGAACAUGUCGAACGAGUAGAACGAGUGCAGCGCGUACAACGACAUGGAAACACUUCGCAUUUCGUGUUGGGUGACGGCGGAACUAGUUACAAGCGCGAAUACACAGCCCAUGUCCACGGCAUCUGCCCCGCCACCUUAAUAGAGGCUCCGCAGACGCCGUUCAAACAUACGCGCGACUCGCGCGAACAUAAAUUCUAUACACCGAAAAUUGGUCAAACUAAGCAAUAAAAUUUUCAGGCCUAAACUUUCAAAAGGCUAACUUAUUCAUUCCUUAUUUAAUGCUUUUUUUAGAUUUUUAUUGUUAUUGGUAAAAUUAACUAUUACCUACCUAUGAUUAUAUAAUUUAAAAAGCAAUUAAUAUUGCUAUUUUAAUAACAUUAACGUGCCUUCUCUUAUAAAUUUGCAUAAUAUUUUAUUUUAAUUAACAAUUUUAUUGUAUCCUUUGUUUUGUCAAACAAUGCCAUGUAAUAAAUAAAUUUUUAUAUUAUAAAA